GGGGUAUUAAUGAGGCUAUUAGUUACAACUGAUAAUGCCUUAAUGAAGGAUGACUGAUUAGAAGAGGUGACUACCAAGCCUUUUACCAUCAUUUUAAGAUAAAUAAUUCGACAGCGGGAAGUACAAAGCUGAUCGGACCACGUUCCACACGCAAGAAAAAAAUAAAAGAAAAUGCACGUUUGAAUUCCGCUCACAUUUCCUUUUUCAUACGGGAUGAUGCGGAGCGACCAUGAUCCUCUGAGUCCUGCAUCCUGACAUCACUUUGCGCUCCAGGAUACUGAGAAGCUGCGCGUAAUUGACGGUGAUGUAACAGCAGCAAGAAUAAGCUGCUCUGAAUGGUGCCUUUUGCUCUGCAGAGCCUCCAGCAGGGGAAAAAAAAGAAGAAGCCGUGGUGACUUGAAAUGCACCACUGAUGUGUGUGUGAGUGAGGGAGAGAGAGAGAGAGAGAGGGAGGGAGAGAUCACACAGUAAACACAGCUCCUAUGGCACAGUCGUUCCGCUUCAUCAUCGCGCAUUGGACAGUUUUACGCGCCGAGAGGAGAGAAGAUCCGGAAAGAGUCGGACCACCAGUCGGGUUCUGAUCAGCUGUUGUCGGCCGCGGUGAUGUUCUUGCGCUCUUAGCGAAAGGAGAAACAGACCAGAGGGAGGAAAGACACCGGUUUGUUGUUGUUGUCGCCUUGUCCGCUGGACUGACAUCGCAUGGGGACAUGAACAGCGUGGAUCCAGCCUCUAACAAACUGUUGACUUUCAAUCAGCGCUCUGCCUCAGAGGACUUGGGAUGCAGACGUGGAGACUUCAGCAGGAAACACUAUGGUUCGGUCGAGCUGCUGAUUUCCAGUGACGCAGAUGGGGCCAUUCAGCGGGCAGGACGCUUCAGGGUGGAGAAUGGAUCGUCAGAUGAGACUUCGGACUACACUCCAGGAACCUGGAGGAGAACCGACGUCCAUCUGGAGAAUCCAGAGUACCACACCAGAUGGUUCUUUAAAUACUUCCUGGGAAAAGUCCACCAGAACUAUGUGGGUACAGAUGCAGAGAAGAAUCCCUUCUACCUGUCAGUCGUCCUCUCAGACCAGAACAAUCAGCGAGUUCCUCAGUACAGAGCCAUCCUCUGGAGGAAGGCGGGCACUCUGAAGAUCAGCCUCCCCUACAGCCCGACCAAAACACUAUCAGUCAAGUCUAUCCUAAGUGCAAUGAACAUGGACAGGUUUGAGAAAGGCCCCAGGGAGAUCCUCAACCCAGAGAUUCAGAAGGAUCUGCUGGUGUUGGAGGAACAGGAGGGUUCAGUCAACUUUAAAUUUGGUGUACUGUAUGCCAAAGAUGGGCAGCUCACAGACGACGAGAUGUUUAGCAACGAGAUGGGCAGCGAGAGCUUUGAUAAGUUUCUCAAUCUGCUGGGUGAUACCAUUACACUGCAGGGAUGGGCAGGUUACCGUGGAGGGCUGGACACCAAGAAUGACACUACAGGAAUUAAGUCCAUCUACACAGUGUAUCAAGGCCAUGAGCUCAUGUUCCACGUGUCCACCAUGUUACCCUACUCUAAAGAGAACAAACAGCAGGUGGAAAGAAAGAGGCACAUUGGAAAUGACAUUGUUACCAUAGUGUUCCAAGAAGGGGAUGAUGCAUCGUCGUCCUUCAAACCUUCUAUGAUCCGAUCGCACUUCACCCAUAUUUUUGCAUUAGUUAGGUAUAAUAGCCAGAAUGACAGUUACAGGUUGAAGAUUUUCUCAGAGGAGAGUGUUCCACUGUUUGGACCUCCUCUCCCUUCUCCGCCUGUAUUUACUGAUCACCAAGAAUUCAGGGACUUUUUAUUAGUCAAAUUAAUCAAUGGAGAGAAAGCCACACUGGAGACGCCAACGUUUGCCCAGAAGCGUCAGCGGACCCUCGACAUGUUGAUCCGCUCGCUCUACCAAGACCUCAUGCCUGACCUGCACAAGGUUCCUUUUUCUCCCCAGAACAUGCUAAACCGACGGUCCUUCAGUGACGUGCUGCCCGAGUCUCCAAAGUCGGCACGCAAGAAGGAGGAGGCACGGCAGGCUGAAUUUGUCAGAAUAGGGCAGGCCCUGAAGCUGAAGACCAUCGUGAGAGGAGAUGCCCCGACGAGCCUCGUUACCACAGGCCUGUGCAGAAAAGAGCCGUGGGAAUCCCAGUCGUUCUGCAGCACGUUCCCCUACGAGAUUGUGUGCGCUGACUCCUGGGGUCAGUCUCUGCUAGCUGCCACCGACACAGCGGGGGUCAUGCUGCUAGAUGGCCCUGAUCCCGCCUUGUCAAGCAGUGAGACACAGACGCUGCUCCCGGUGCAGGUGUUCGACAAAACCAUGGUGGUGAAGCAGAUGCACGUUCUUGAGCCUCAGGACCUGCUCAUCACCCGAGCUGACAAAGGCAAGGACGCUCGGCUCUAUGUGUUCAGACUCAGCACGAUGAAGAGAGGCCUGGAGGAGAGGCAGCUCGUCAGAAGCAAGUGUGACAGCCGCGAGAAUAAACUGGAGAAAACUAAAGGUUGUCAUUUGUACUCUAUCAACACCCACCACGGCUCAGAGCUGAGGAUAGUAGCAGCCAUCAGGAACAAACUCCUCCUCAUCACCAGGAAACAUCCACGUUUCGAAGGUUUCAGCGCCGUCGCCUCAGGAGCAGAUUCUCCAGUGGAGGAGUUUCAGUACAUACGGGAGAUCUGUCUGUGUGACCCGCCGGUGGUGAUGGCGCUGGUGGACGGACCGACGGGGGAAAACGACAAUAUGAUCUGUGUGGCCUACAAACACCAGUUUGACCUGAUCAAUGAGAGCACUGGAGAUGCCUACCGGCUACAUCAUGUAGACGCCAACAGGGUAAAUUUUGUAGCAGCCAUUGAUGUGUAUGAAGACGGGGAGGCGGGUCUGCUGUUGUGUUACAACUAUGUUUGUUACUAUAAGAAAGUUUGUCCGUUUAACGGCUCCACGCCGAUGAUCCAAUCCAACACCUCCGAUUUCCACUUCAGCUGGAACCAGAUGCCCAACGCUAUUGUUUGUGCAUUUCCUUACAUCCUGGCCUUCACAACGGACUCCAUUGAGAUCCGACUGGUGGUCAAUGGAAACCUUGUGUACACAGCGGUGGUCCCAGAGCUACAGUUGUCUGCUUCACGGUCGGACAUCUAUUUUGUUUCGUCGGCUCCAGUGAGCUCAGCCUCCAACUGCAGUUCCAGAGACACCAGUUCCCAGAGUUCCCCACAGACGCCCACCGGCUACGAGAUGCCCGUGUUCCCUUCGCCGCUCGGAGACGAUUCUAUACGGAUCCCCUAUGGUACCAAGCUUUCCCUGUACAUGUCUAAGGAUGCCGAAGGUGAAGCUGCAUGUAAGCACAUCUUCAAGAUCCCUCUCUGUAACUUGGUGGGCCGCAGUAUUGAAAGACCCUUGAAGUCUCCUCUGGUCAACAAGGUGCUGACGACGCCGGCCCCAACCAUGGUGCCCCCAACGCCCCUCAUCUCCGCCACGCACUCGCUUUCCCUGUCCCGCAUGGAGAUCAAAGAGAUAGCCAGCCGCACACGGAAGGAGCUGCUCGGCUUGACAGAGGAACCAAGUGGGAAGUCAGACAGCGGAUCAGUCAAACAGAGAAAGAUGAGCAAGAAGAACACUGAGGAGGAGCCCAAAGGACGAGCACUGACGUCUACAAACAGCGACAGGUUAGCCUCCGAGUCCAUUGAAGCAGACCUGGACGUCCAGCUGCACUGUUCGUCCAGUUCGGAGGCUGAGCCGGAGAAGGCGGUGCUGCAGACAGAGAGUCCACCUCUCGCCAGCGCAUUCGCUCUCUCCACAUCCUUCGAAGAAGAUGUCCUGGACCUAAAGUGAAGACAAUCCCAUUGUGCACUUCUCUGCCCACCCACUCCUGUACUGUCACCAUUAUUUUAUUGUUUGGUUUGGUUUUAAAUUUGUUUGUUGAAUUCCUUUUUCUUGUCUUUUUUUUUAAGUUUGUUUAUAUCCCAGUAUUAUGGGCCUCGUCGUUCAUCGGACAAAAUGGGUGCAGUGGGAGUUAGAGGACAUGUUUGUGUGCGUGUUUGUUUUCGUGAGCAGUCCCUCAGCCACUGUGUGUUGGGUGUUUGUGUUGCCCCCCCGCAGCAAAUAACCCAAAGAAGCGUUGAGGUUGUGUAAAACGCCGUUGUGUAUUCACACUUCUGCAACAGCUCUGAAGUAACAGUUUGAUCCCAAACCACAAACUGAAUGUAAAUCUGCGCACCGAGGCACGACAAAAAUCUCGGCGUUCACAUUUCCCUCUGAAGUCGCUAGAGCUUAAUAUGUUGUAUAUUAUGUGAUUAUUUCCAGUCCACUUUCAAAUGUUGUAUGAUAUGCAUAUGUAUGUGUACAUCUGUUUAUACAUGAAAAUGCACACGGUGGCAGGCGUAUAUGCCUGUCUGAUCUGUGAUGCAUAUUUAUAGAUAUAUUAUAAAAAUCGAUUUUAUUCCCAUAUUUAGUAAAAGUAUGACGUUUUAUGCACAUUUAAGUCCUUAUUCUUCUCCUUCUUCACAGUAUACAGGUAGACAGGGCUGGAGGCAAAGUCUCCCACAAGUGCCAUUUCCCAGCAUCCUCCAUUGAACUACACCUCGACACAGCCGCCGUAUUCUGGUGUCUGACAGUAGCAGCCAUGAUUGUAGUUCACAUUUGAUUACAAUGGUGACCCACAACUCCGAUGAGUUUGAAUUCACGUACUGGGGGCACUCUCUCGAGGCCACAUGCACUAAACAUUUUACCCCAUAACAAAGAAACAACCUUAAAUCUGCAUGACCUGCCUUUGCUGCUGUACAAGUGUAGUGUUUUCUGCGCCACAAAUUAGCUUUGAAAAUCCUCAAGUCUGCAACAUAUUACCGAAUCUAACAGCAGCAAGCAAACAACAACCUGAGACUGUAGAAAAAGUGUGAAGGCCUCUUUUUUUAUAUUUGAUGGACCAAGAAGACAAACCACAAAUUUUUAACAAAAACUGAAUAUAGCACAUUGCAUACAAAUAAACGAUAAAAGCGGGAUUUCGCUAACAAAUAAAAAUAAGCAAGCAUGACCACAAAUUACACAAAUAAAAUUAAGUGUGAAUUAGUUUUUGUCUUUCUCUGUACAUGUAAGGUGCACAGGGAUAAUUUUGAAGAAACGGUAUAGAAAUUGUAAAAGAUAAAUUGUCUUUAUUGAACAGUGCCCAUUUAUUUCAAAUGCAUACAGAAAAUGUACUCUUACUUUAGAUCAUUGUAUUUCUAGGAUCUUGUCGCCUAAGUAAAACUCAAACCAAGAUGGAAUUUAAAAUGAGAACUUGCAUAGAAAACAACCCUAUUUGGGAUUCAGCACUCAUAGCACCAGCCGCUACUUUUAAACUUGAUGUUCUCUAUAAUUUUAAAACUUCUCCAGGACCAGAAGCCCUGUUAGUUUUCACCCUGUUCUCAAGUGACAGGCAGAUUUAAAGCGGCACAAUGACUUAUGGCACAAUUCAGCAGGCAGACGCGUCUUGAAAGCCAACACACCUGCACACACUUUAAUUUACUGAUCCAUUAUCCGAUGCAUCCCUAACAGAGCUGACGGGUGUUUUGUUCAGAUCCUGACAGCAGUUACUGGCAAUUCGAUGUCCUUCAAUCAAAAUCUGUCAAGGAAGAGGAUUUAGUCUGCAAAUUUUUAUUCCUGCUUGUCCCUGACUUUUGUUAUGAUAAUGUAAAAUUGAACCCAAUCCAUAAAGUUUUAUGACUGAGAGGAGGCAUAUUUUAAAAAGACAGUCUUGAUUUUUAGUCUCCAAUUUGAAUCAAGUUUUAAAAAUGGUGCAGCAGUGUCCAGCAUUUUCCACGACUGCAUCUCAUUAAACCCUCUCUGCCUUUUGAAUGUCCACUUCUUUCACAGUCACAUCUCCAGUUUGUAAACCGUCUUAUGUUAUAAAAAAUAUCUCAUGCUGCAUUCAUGUCAUAAAAGUUUACUUUAACUUUCAUGUUGUAACGACAACUGGGAAACUAGAGUUUUCAAAUAGGCAAUUAAUACAUCUGUGCCUGAAAACUGAACAACUAAGGAUGCCUCAAAGAUGGGCAUUCGAUGGGAUUAAUCCCAACUUAAACACAUAUGGUGUAUGUAUUUAUUAUCUAAUCAUACAGCUGUCUCAAGUUGUUAAUAUGGCCUUUUUUCUCUUCUCUACCACCCAUCUCAUAUGACUGAAAUACGGCAUAAAUCUCAAGCCCAAGCACUGUCAAACACAUUUUUUUAAGACUAAGAAAAGUAAGUUAAACUUCACUUGUAAAAUUAGUGGAGUGCCCCUUUAAAUUGCAAAAAGAUUUUGAAAAUAGACACUUAAAAACCACAAAACACGUGUUAGUCCAGGUUUUUCAGAGGCCCUCAGUCCCUCGGGGGCUUCAUGUGGGCAAUCAGCAGUGCAGGCCAGGUGGGAACAAUCACCCGCAAUUAAGUCAGUGGCAGGAUAUAAAGCUUGAAGCAGGCCGAGUCCUGAUGAGAAAGAAGCAGCACAGAGACACACAUCUUGAAAAGGUUGGUCUUUCACUCACCUUCAAAUCGGUAACGAGUCCUGUUUGUCAGUGCAAACACUGACUAACAUGAAAAAGGGGAAAUGUUCAGAAUAACAGUAAAACGAAAGGAGAAUGCUUACUAAUGCAACAAAACUCUAGUAGUGGUUCUGACUAUGCUUUGUGGGUAUGAGAGCGCCUCAGUAUGGUGGCUUCACAACACAGCAGCCUUCAGAUCUUGCAUGAGCCUCCUCCUCUUCGUCCCUCACGCCUUUCCUAUAUUCUCCGCCUGCCUGCCUCAGCGUGAAUCCCUCCAACACUAUAACAAAACUCAGAAAAAGGGAAAAAGAAGCCCGUGGUGGUAGUGGGGAUUUUUACAAUGAUACUCUAGUGUUUAUUACUCUAAACAAAGGUGGCUGACUGGGGGAACGCCAUUUCUCCCGCUUAUGUCUUUCCUAAUUCUCCUGUAUUUCUGUCGAGUACUCUUUGUUUCUACCUCCCCUUGGCAUUUUCACGUUUUGUUUAGUUUAUUUUUUUUGUAUUUGAAUCUAUAUUUACUGUUUAGACUGUUGCUGAACCUCUCUGUGAUAUCAAAACGAAAGAAAAUUAACAAAAAAAACACCAAGUGUCUUAAAAUAUUGUAUCGCCAUCGUUUUUAAUGCCAAGUACUACUUGUAAAUGUUUGUGUAUCAAAUGUGGCCUCAAAUGAAACUGAACUAUAUUAUUAUUAUUAUUAUUAUUAUUAUUAUUAUUAUUAUUAUUAUUAUUAUUUGAGCAGUUAUUUUUAAAAAAAAAAAGUGCUGUAGACCACUGCUGUGAAAGUAGUUGAUUCUGUUCAUUGAUAUGUAAUAAAUAUUUAUGAAGUUUGACUGGG